AUGCUGUGGAACAAGACGCGGAUGAAGCAGAUACACCGCAACUGGCAGCAGCUGUUCCCCAGGAGAGGCUACGUCAAGGUCAAGCCCAACGACACCAAGUUCCAGAACAUCCGCGCGCCUUUCAAGAUGGACAGCGUGCAGGAGCCGGGCGACCACCACGAGGACUACAUCCUGGCUGUGUACCUCCAGCUGCAUUGCCUUUCGAUCCUCGCCACGCCCAUGGGCACGUCGCGCGAGGAGUGGCGGGCGCUGGGCGAGAAGAAGGUCGAGAAGAAGGUCGAGCACCGGUCGCACUGCGUCGAGUACCUGCGGUAG